AUGGUUUUAUUACGUAAAAUAAAAAGUGGACGUCGAUCCAUUGUUUGGAGAUUUAAUGGUGAAGCUCAAUAUAUUGAUGGACCACGAUUAGUAGUAGUUUGGCCAUGUGUGAAUCGAAUACAACCCUUACGAUUAAAUCAAGCGAAUGAUAUGCAAUAUUUAGAGAUAAGAUAUGAUGAUGGACGAACAGAAAUUCAACAUGGACCAGCAGCAUUAUUUGAUGAUCCAUUAAAAAUUACUUCGAUUUUAACAAAAGAUCUGAUUAAAUUAGAUGCAAAUGAAUUAUUAAUUUUAUAUUCACAAAAAGACAAUUUAUCAAACAACACUGGAGAAAAACAAGAUUUAUCAAAACGUCAAAUUAUUCAUGGUCCAACUCUUUAUGCACCAAAACCAACUGAAUGGAUUCAUGAAUUUUGCUGGCAUGGUGAAGAUGGUACACAUAAAACACAUAUUAUACCAGGUGCAAAAAUAUUUCAAAAACUUCGUCUUAUUCCUGAUCAAUUCUAUUAUAAUAUAACUGAUGUUCGAACAGCUGAUGAUGCUUUAAUAACUGUUAAAUUAAUGAUAUUUUUUGAAUUAGUCAAUGUUGAGACAAUGUUAAAUAAUACACGUGAUCCUAUUGCAGAUUUUAUUAAUGCUAUAUGUGCUGAUGUUAUUGCAUUUGCAUCUAUAAGAAAAUAUGAAACAUUUCUUGAAAAUGCCAAUCAAUUAAAUCAAUUAGAAGCCUAUUCACAAUUAGUAACACGUUCCGAAGCUGUUGGAUAUAGAAUCAAUAAAGUUGUUUUUCGAGGUUAUCAAGCAUCUGAAAAACUUCAAUUAAUGAAUGAUAAUGCGAUUGAAAAAAGAACUAAAUUAAGAUUAGAAGAUGAAGCUGAACGUCAAUUACAAUUAUUAGAAGAUUUAAAAUUAGAAAAACGUUUUGAUCGUUCAGAAAAAGAACGAAAAAUGGAAUUAGAACAAAUGUUACAUAAACUUGAUAUGAUUAAACAACAACAUGCUAGUCGUUUACAAGGAAAAGAUGCUGAAAAUCAAUUAGAACGUCAACAUCAACAAUUAUUACAUGAAGAUGAAGUUAAAUUUUAUAAGAAUCUAAAAGAACUUGGUACAGAUAUUACACAAGUUAUGGUAGCACAACAGAGAAAUCCCGAUAAAUUAAUUCAAAUUGUAAAUGACAAUGAAAAAAAAACAAAUUCACCAAAUAUUCAAUUUACAAAUACUCUUUAA